GUCACACCGGCGUCGUUUAUUGCUUUUUUUUUGUGAAAUUUUCUCUUCUUGUUGAAAAAAAUGGGUUCCUCGUCGUCCGGAAAGAAGCACAAGAAGGACAAGAAGAACCGCCAUAGGUCGCGAUCGCCGGAGCGCCAGCGCCGAGCCACGGAGGACGAGGAUUUGACCCUGGAUUUGACCGACGACUCAUCGUCGCGUCACAGACACCACAAGCACAAGAAGCACAAGGAUCACAAGGAGCAUCGCCACAAGCACCACAAACACAAGGAGCGCGAGCGGCCCAGCGAGGUCAUCUCGCUGGAGGAAUCGGACUCGGACAGUUCCGACUGCGUGGAGGUUCCGGUGCAGGAGCAGGCCAAGGUCAGGGAUGCCAGAGAAGUCCCAGAUCGCGAACGGGACCGGGAGCGGGAUUCUGGACGGGAACGUGAUCUUCUAAGGGAAAGGGAGCGUGAACGCGAAAGAGAUCGUGAAAAGGAGCGGGAAAGGGAGCGGGAGAAGGAGCGCCUCAAGGAGCGGGAGGAACGUGAAAGGGAACGUGAGAAAGAGCGUGAGAAGGAGCGCGAUAAGGAGCGCCUCAAGGAGCGCGAAAGAGAACGCCUCAAGGAGCGUGAGAGGGAACGGGAACGUGAGCGAGAACGGGAGCUCACCGCUCCCCCACCGCCGCAAAUCUCUAGGCAUGCCGAGUAUGAAUCACGGCGAGAACGAGAGAUCGAGCGCGAGCGGGAGGCUCGCAAGCGAUCGGGUAGAGAACGCGAGCGGGAGCGCAACCGUGAACGCUCCAGAUCCCAGUCGCCUCCGCCGGCCAACCGCAAGCCCGUCGCCAAGGAACGCGAACCCUCCUCCCGUUCCUACUCGCCCAUUCCCGAAAACGGUGCCGGCGAUGUGCUGUCCAUUACGGAGACCAAUAAACUGCGCGCCAAGCUGGGUCUCAAGCCACUCGAAGUGGAAAGUGGUCCCAGCAAGGUGACGCCGACCGCAGCAGGCAAUGGUAGCCAGUCCGAGAACAAGAAAUCCUCCGGUGGCGAUGCCGAUCUUUCAUCGUACAAAGAUGAAUGGGGCGAAUUCCUGCACAAGCCGGCCGACAACCUGAAGGAGAAAAAGCAGGCCGAGAAGCUGCGCGAGAAGCUUAAGCAGCGCAAGGAGAAGCGGUUUUUGGAGGAGCGACUUGCUCGCAUCAAAACGCUGGGCGAGUCUGACGAGGAGACGGACAAUGUGUCCAAAUGGGUGGACAAGAACAAGCGAGUGGUUAACGAACGCGAAGAGGCCAAACGUAAGGCCAAAGAGCUAGAAGAGCUGGAUGAGGCCUUUGGCGUUUCAGAACUGCUCGAGAAAGAGAAAACCAAAGCCCGUCAACGGGCCUAUGGCGAUAGCAAUCUAAAGGGACUGCGAGUCGAUCACGACAUGGAUGAUUUCGGCGAGGGUCGCACCGUCAUCCUAACGCUCAAGGAUCAAGAUGUGCUCAACGAGGAGGAGGGCGACACUCUAGUCAAUGUCAAUAUGCUCGACGAAGAGCGCUACAAGAAGAAUGUGAGCAACAAAAAGCAGAAUCCGCUCAGUUAUGGCUACAAUGUGUACGAGGAGCAGUACGAUGAGCUGGGCAAUCCCAUCGAGCGUUCGGUGCUGGAGAAGUACGAUGACGAGAUCGAGGGUCAGCCCAAAAAGCGCAAGAACUUUGUGAUCGGCGAAAAUAUGGAUGAAGAGCGGGAGCACAGACGGAAGCUCCUGGAGAUUAAAACCAAAUUAGCCGGCAAGCGGUUGGAAACCUUGGAGGACACCCAUUUGCAGCUGGCGUCGGACACGUACAGUACAGAGGAGUUGGCCAAGUUCAAGAAGCCAAAGAAAAAGGUUAAGAAACUUCGACAGAAACUAAAAGCCGAUGAUCUUGAGCCUUUGAUGGAGCCGGGGACGUCAGCUUCCUCAAACUUUGGCAGUCGUGGUGGACGUUAUCGUGAUCACGAGGAUGAGGACAUGGAGCUGGAGGCGGUUAAAACUGAGGUCAAGGUGGAAGCGGAGGAUGAUGAUUUAGAAAGGGUUUUAGCAAAGGCUCGCAAACUGAAACAAAAGGAGAAUAUCAUAAAGAAGCCAUUACCGGUUGAUUUCGAAAAUAUUCAGCGGGAUAUAAAACCCGAACCCGUAGAGGAAACCAGUUCAGGGUUGCUUCCUACCGGCGUGGAUGCCAACAUCGUGUUGAACGCCACAGCGGAGUUUUGCCGUACCUUGGGUGACAUUCCCACAUACGGUAUGGCGGGCAAUCGAAACGAGGACUCCAACGACAUGAUGGACUUUGACAAGACCGAUCAGCCGGAGGAGCACAUGGACACGCAAGACGAUGAGCCUGCCCUGAGUCAUGGCACCUGGAAUUCGGUCAAUCCCGACGAAGUCAUGCAGCCAGCCGAUUUGGACAAUCUGGGAGAGGACCUGGAGGAUCGGGCUAUUUUGGAUGAGGAGCCGGAUGUGGGCGCUGGUGUAGCGAAUGCUUUGCGCCUGGCUCUGUCUAAGGGAUACCUCGAAAAGGAGGAAAAGAACAGGCCUAGUAACACCAAAAUGGCCCAUCUGCAGGCCAAGAACUAUUCCAUUGAAGACAAAGCCGCCGGUGAGGACGACAAGGUGGGACGUCGUGAUCGGUUCCACUUUGGGCCAAUUACGGACUUCAAGGACAAGGAGACCUUCAAGCCCAAUGUCAAGCUGGACUAUAUCGACGACAAUGGUCGCAUAUUGAACCUCAAAGAGGCUUUCCGCUACUUGUCACAUAAGUUCCACGGCAAGGGACCGGGCAAGAAUAAGAUUGAAAAGCGUCUGAAGAAAAUGGAGCAGGAUGGGUUAAUGAAGACCAUGAGCUCGACCGAUACACCAUUGGGCACUCUUACCAUGUUGCAGCAAAAGCAAAAGGAAACGAAGACCGCUUACGUGGUGCUCAGUGGCAGCAACAAAAACGCGCCAGGUGUCAGCGGCUCCUCGAUAGCCAAAUUCAAAUAAAGAAGGAGGAAGCAGGAAAUCGAUUUCGAUUUCGAUUUAAUUACCAAGACAACAUAACCAAAUGCAAUAGAUACUUUCUAAUCCGCGUACUCAAUAAUUAAGUUCAGAACUCCUACGUGUGCAUCCGGCCCAAAUAUGUAAUUCUCUUCAUAAUUAUUCAAAUACACUUUGGACUUAA